AUGAAAACAAAUCAAGAUGAUACGACUAAUAUUCCUUUGACAAUCAACAACUUUUUACUCGUAUUUAAAGAAUUUUUAAUUGUUUGGUUUAAUCAGAUAUUAUUUUACAAUAAAAUUUAUGAUCCAUUAAUAUUUGAUGAAUACAAAGCAUUUGAAUUGAUCAUAAAAAAAAAUAGACAUCCACAUUUAGAAAAAUAUAUUGACAAUCUACUUAUAAACAUUAUAAACAAUCUUAUAAUUUCAAAGAAGCAAACAAAUGGUUUGAAUAAGAUUUCAUGUUUAAUAUAUAAUACGAAAAGUAAUAAGGUGAUCAAAAGUUAUUCAAUAAAAUUUGCUCAAUUCUUAAUUAAUUUGGACAAGACUAUUAAUGAGCUAAAGGAACCAACAACGGAAGUUGAAGAUACAUCAGCAAAACUUGACAUCCCGGAUUUAACGUGGAUUGAAAUAUACACUCAAUUUCAAACAGUAUUAUUCAAGUUUAUUCAAGAAUUGAAAAAGGAAACAUUAACUGAUGAUAUUCAAUAUGAAGUCGGAAUGUCAAUGCAAUCAACAAUGCCUGAUAAUGAUUUGUUUUUCAAAAUUACUGUUGACUUAGAUGAAUCAAUUUAUGCAUCAACUGAAAAUUGGAUUCGACUUGGUCAAAAUGAAAUGGUAAAUUCAGAGUUUACAAAACCUUUGGCUCAAUUAGAUUUGGAUGUGAUUAAUUUUGAUUUAGUAAAUGAAUAUUACGAAUAA